CGCGGUGUAUCUAUAUCAAUUUAUACUUGAUAUUGUGUCGUGUAACGCUUACCUUCGCAACGAUUUACCAGUAAAGUGACUACUGUUGAAGGUAUAAAGGGUUAGGUUCGUUUACGAUGCUUUACAGUUAGUUGGCUUCCAAUGUAUAAAUCUCUGAAAGUAUAAGCGUGACGCUACAACAGACGUUCUAAUUAUCACAAAGAGUGACUGGUAUAUAUUUGAUGUUCGAAAAAUGAGCCGUAGAAGAGUUCACGAGGAAGACGAUGGAUACGAACGUGCGUACAAAAAGCGCAGGAGAGUGUCCGAGAAUCAAGAGAUAGAGGAUCGACUGGAAUCUCUUAUUUUAAGGGUUGGAGAGAAGUCUACGUCGUCUUUGGAAAGUAAUCUCGAAGGUUUGGCUUCUGUAUUGGAAGCUGAUCUAGGAUUGUUUCGUAGUAAAAUACUUAGAAUUUUGACAGAAUGUGCGAUUCGAAUGCCAGAGAAAUGCACAAUCUACACUACUCUUGUUGGUUUAUUAAAUGCGAAAAACUUUAACUUUGGCGGCGAAUUUGUUGAUUAUAUGGUGAAAAAUUUUAAAGAUGCGUUAAAGGCUUGUAAAUGGGACGUUGCUAGGUACUCGCUAAGAUUUUUGGCCGAUUUAGUAAACUGCCAUGUUUUAUCUUGUGGAUCUUUAAUGCAGUUGUUCGAUAACAUGUUGGAUGCUGCCAACGAAGACGGAGUGCCUCAAGUGAGACGCGAUUGGUACGUGUACGCUGUACUAUCGACCUUACCUUGGGUCGGACGAGAAAUAUACGAGAAGAAAGAGCAAGAAUUGGAUCACUUGAUGGUGACGAUAGAAAUAUUUCUGAAUAAACGAAGUAAGAAGCAUCAGCCGACUUUAAGGGUUUGGUCGAGCGAUACACCUCAUCCUCAAGAAGAAUAUUUAGAUUGCUUAUGGGCCCAAGUGCGGAAACUUAGGCAAGACAAUUGGGCAGAGAAACAUAUUCCUAGACCGUAUUUAGCGUUCGAUUCAAUAUUGUGCGAAGCAUUGCAACAUAAUUUACCAACUAUAAUGCCGCCGCCUCAUCACGAAUCGUAUUGCUACCCCCUACCUACAGUUGUUUUUCGGAUGUUUGAUUAUACAGAUUGCCCCGCCGAAGGUCCUCUAUUGCCCGGGAGUCAUGCUAUCGAAAGAUUCCUGAUAGAGGAGCACUUGAGGCAAAUAAUUAAUAAUUACUUUUACGAAAGAAAAGAUUGCGCGGCACAGCUGUUGAACUUUCCGUACAAAGCAAAAAUACCAUUGGAUUAUUGCAUCGUGGAGGUAAUAUUUGGUGAAUUAUUCAGAUUGCCGUCACCGAAGCAUCUGGAGAUUUGUUACGGAUCAAUCUUGAUUGAACUUUGCAAGCUACAACCGUCAACUAUGCCGCAAGUUUUAGCGCAAGCAACGGAGAUAUUAUUCCGUCGCAUAGACAGCAUGGCUGCUACUGCGUUCGAUCGGUUUGUUUGGUGGUUCGCGUAUCAUUUAAGUAACUUUCAAUUCCGUUGGUCUUGGGAGGACUGGGAUUCGUGUUUGCAACGCGAUCCGGAACACCCGCGUCCAAAGUUCAUUCGCGAAGUACUUCUUAAAGCUUUACGAUUAUCGUAUUAUCAGAGAAUACGAGACAUGAUGCCGGAAUCGUACGCUGACUUGAUUCCAGCACCACCGGAGCCUAUUUACAAGUACACUUCCGAAGGGGCUAGUUCCCUUCCCGGUACAGCCGCUGCUCAUGAACUAGUUGUUUCUAUUAGACGUAAGUGUACACCGGAAGAAGUGUUGAACGUGUUGAACACAUUGCCCGGUCCCAGGGAAAAUGAAGAGACAAAUAAUUUCAAUCCUUUGAAAAUUGAUGUUUUUGUACAGACUUUAUUAAACCUAGGAUCGAAGAGUUUUAGCCAUAGUUUCGCAGCUAUAGGGAAAUUUUAUUACGUUUUUAAGGUUCUCGCGGAAACAGAGGAAGCGCAGAUAUGCAUUUUAAGAAAUAUGUACUCGUUGUGGAAGAAUCAUUACCAAAUGAUGGUCGUUUUAACGGACAAGUUAUUAAAGACGGGCAUCAUCGAGUGCAGCGCCAUCGCGAACUGGAUAUUUUCCAAAGAGAUGGCAUCGGAGUUUACCAAGCUAUACAUUUGGGAGAUACUUCAUUUAACGAUCCGAAAGAAGAACAAGCACGUGACCAAGUUGAGCACGGAAUUGGCCGAAGCACGAGAGAAAUUGAGAAGAGCGGAAAGUAGAUCUGGAUCAUCGUCGGAGGAUGAGGAUAAUAAUAAAGACAGGAACAAGGAGAAACCGUCGGAGGACGUUGUGGAAAGAAUGGAAGAGAAACUGGAGGCAGCACAGGCUGAUCAGAAAAAUCUGUUUUUAAUCAUUUUUCAGCGGUUCAUAAUGAUUUUGUCCGAGCACUUGGUACGUUGCGAUACCGACGGCAUAGACUAUAAUACUCAUUGGUACAAGUGGACCAUAGGGAGAUUACAGCAGGUGUUCCUAACGCAUCACGAACAGGUUCAAAAGUAUUCAUCGACAUUAGAAACCCUGUUGUUUACGCCGGAUCUGGACCCUCAUAUUUUGGACGUAUUCCAUCAGUUUGUUUCGCUUCGAGCAUGAGCGUGACAUUCACGGUAACCGUGAAUGAAAAUUUCCUUCCUUGAGAUGCAAGUUGAAAAUCCAUGGUUAGAAAGAAUCGUGGCUUUCGAUGAUGGAGAAAAUGGUUGUAUCAAGAGUGAAGUGUAGGGACGAGAAUCCAGAUUACAUUAACGUUACGCACGGAACGAAAACACCUUUUCAUAAUUACAUGACGAAUCACAUAAUGUUAUGUGUAAAUGUUUACGGUUUUGUAUUGCUGUUUAUUUCCUCGUGAUGUAAAUAUCGAAUAUAUUUAUCCACCUCCAUGCAAACAUUCUAUUCGUAAAGAAUUUACCCAAGUAAAAUGUACGUAAGGAUAAUAAAGUUGGUGUAAAUGAAAAGUCGCAGGCCACGCGCGCACACACUGUACACCGUAAGUUAC